AGUGGGACGAUGUGGAGAGCUUUCUGCCAGAAAGCGUAUAUAAACCUGGUAACGAAAUACCUAGAGAGUUUGUACCACCUGAAACAAAGGAGGGCGAUACAAUCAAGAUUGGAGUUGGUGAAGUGUUUGAUUUGUCCAAGUUUUGGGUAUAUUUAGAUGAUGGAAAUUUGGACAAUCUCAUGGAUGAAUUGCAGGAUUUCUAUGCAACAAAUGCCUCACGAUACUCGAUGAAAGUUUGAUAAGAGAAGGGGUCUACUGUGCAAAAAUUAUUUAUGGAGAGUAUCAUAGGGCAGUCAUUGUUGAUGUUUUACCCGAGGUCAAAGAUAGUAUAAAGGUGUUCUUCAUUGAUUACGGUACGAUGACCAAAGUACCAAUCAAGGACAUCUGUUUCUUACACGAGAGGUUCGCUGAGCUGCCAGCGCAAGCGAUCCGGUGUCGCUUGGCCGACAUUUGCCCGACACAAGAAUGCGUGCCUUGGAGUCAUGACGCCACUGUAACGUUCAGAAACAUGACCAGGGAUCGAACCAUCGAUGCUAAAGUGGCUAGGAUAAACAGGAAGGAACAAAUUCUGGAAGUGUACCUGAUCGACGUCACCAAUCCAUCCAAGCCAUUUUGCAUCAACACAAGAUUGGUAGAACUUGGACUAGCCACAUACCCCGAUCAGGUAAUAAUCGAAACCACGCGUCCAGUUAAGGAGAGCAAAAGAAAAGUGUUUCUUAGGCUGUUGGCUGAGAAGCGAAAGUCUAGGCUGAGUGAGACAGAGUGGCAAGGAGAUUAGUGUGUGUAUGUUCACUAACAUAUGGUAUUGUUUCAUAUGUUUAAGCUGGGCAUCCAGAAAUCAAAUGUAGAUAGCGCGUUUAAGCCAUUAGUGAAAUACAUACAUCUAUUUCCCACAUUUUUGGAACUAGAACUGGGAUACGCCCCAUCUACGCAAGAAAUGGACAUUUUGUUUAACUGUGGCGUGCCCACACAUUUUUGUUACCCGCAAUAUUAUUCCAUCGACCGUACGGAUGAAAAACAAAAUAUAAUGGAAACGAUAGAAUUUUACGAAAAGACGUUGAAACGAGGCGUAAAGAGCACUUAUAUCGAUAUGUGUUGUGGCGAAACGAAAGACUUGGACUUGGCUUUCUUCGGAGAACUUCAGGGUGAAAUAGCAGACUUUAUCAAAAACAGUGAUAUGAAUAGUGAGGUUACAGAAGAUGAGGGUUCGGAAGAUAUUUCGAAAAUGUACAAGGAGCUGGAGGACUUGAAGAGAGAAACUGCAGAAAAAGUACAGCAAGAUCUGGCACUUGCUGAGGAUCAUGAGGGAGUUAGAUAUUAUAAAUGUGAGGCAGAAGAGGAUGGCGCUGGACCGUUGGUUUGUGAAUCUGAGGAGAUUGAGGAAGAGAGUUCUGAAUCGACAGUGAAUAGUGCAGAAUUAACAGGCAGUCGUCCCGAGGACCAAGAAGUUUCCGAAAAAACGAAAUUCACGGAUUCGGAGGUAGUUAGUUUACCUGGCGUAGAAGAGGACAUACGAAAUGUUGAUGAAGUGCAUAGUAUUACUGGUAGUAAGAGCACAAAUCCGUUUUUAUCUGGUAUGCAUGAAGAAUCUGAAGAAGACAGUGGGCCGUCGGUGCUGAAUCCGAAUAACCCGUUCUUGUCGUACAUAGUAGGUAAGUUUCUCUUGUUUGUUAUUUUAAAUUCUACAGAGAAAUCCCUAUAUCACGAACGUUAAGGCGGUCCCAGACACUACGAGCUACGCCGAACAUUCCGUAUUCGCCUAACUUCGUGGACCGUGUGGGAGAGUUGCUUCGCUUCGCCUUCGCAGUUCGUGGUAGUACGAACUUUUUCUCGCUGAUUGGCGGUAAAAGCUGCUCCUUCGUUACAUUUAGUCUGAUCAGUGCAGUAUCAAUUUGUGUUUGAGCGAGUAGUAAUGGAGUGGAACAAAGAUCUAGUGAAUUAAUUUUUGGAAAAUUUUUGAUACACUGUUUAUCCUCGUCGUACCUUAAAAAGUUGAAAGUAAAACCUACUUUAAAAAAUGGCGUCAAGUAGAUUGAUUCUAUACUUCCCGCGCUUUGAUGAGCGGUGUCACGGACAGAAUAUAAGAGAUACCCCCUUCUCCAACCUGCUCCCAC